ACAUAUGCAAGUUGUGAAUACUAUUCCAUGUGAAUUAAUGCAUCAGCCACCAAUUGAAGUAAUUUACUUGCAAAGCUACUUCACAAAGUCAACCCCACCUUGUUAUAAGUACAUCAUAACCAAGAAAGAACUUAAAACACAGUUGCAGAUAACCAAAAGUAAAAGAAAGAUGGGGUGGACAUGGAAGGAAGAACACCUGGAUUUAUUCUUGGUUCCAUUAGGUCUCUGGAUCAUGUGCACUUAUCAUCUCUUUCUUCUCUUCAGAUACCUCAAACAUCCCCAACUCACAGCUAUCGGAUUCGAGAAUAAUAACAAGAAUGGUUGGGUCAGAAAAACACUUCUGAUUGAACCCAAAGAUAGAGGGUUUGCUCUAGGUGUUCUUAAUGGUCAAUUAGCAGCCUCAACUUCCUUAAGCUCAAUCUCUUUAGUCCUAUGUUCUCUUAUUGGUGCUGUACUAGGUAACUCAUCUGAUAACUAUCUUACAGACAGAUUUAUCUUAGGGGACACAAGUAAAUCCACCAGCGCCAUUAAAUACAUAAUGAUUCUAUCUUGCUUUCUACUGGCCUUUGCUUGUUUUGUACAAACAACAAGACACUUUGUGCAUGCUGGUUUCCUUAUAAGCAUGCCCGCCGGUGAUGUUCCUGUUGAGUGCAUCCAAAAGGCAGUGAUCCGAGGAAGCAAUUUCUGGGCUGUUGGAUUGCGCGCCCUCUAUUUCGCUACCACUUUGCUUCUGUGGAUUUUCGGCCCGGUUCCUAUGUUUGUUGGCGCGGUAGCUACAGUGAUGAUCUUGCAUUUUCUGGAUAUUAAUAAACAACCCAUGAUUGGGUAUGGAACAAACAAGAGUAGUAAUUCUGUAGUUGGGGCUGUAGCACAAAAUGGAAGGAAUUAGAGAUGAUAAAGUUUAAACAUCUCGUUAAUAUUUCAAACCCUAUCUUUUGUGUUUCUUAGAUCGAUGUUAGUGUAUCCCUUUCCUUACUCAAAGUCAACUUUCAUGUAUUAAAUUUCAUUACAAUUUUAGUACAUAAUUAAUGUACAGAUAUAUUAUUAUAAAUCA